AAAACAGUAUGACGUCAGAGUUCCAUGUGCCAUCGUGUUAAUUUGUUUAUUGCCGCGAAGUUUAACAAAACAUGCCAGAAAAAUGAAAAAUAACAUUCUAAUGUACGAAGGUUGUAAUUAUAUGAGAUAUCGCUUAUUAUUAUCAACGUUGUCAGGCAAACCUGUACGAAUUAUAAAUAUCAGAAUUAAAGAUGAUGAUCCAGGACUUAAAGAAUACGAAAUUAGUUUUAUUCGUUUAUUGGAUAAAAUAACAAAUGGAUCGCGAAUAGAAUUAAAUGAAACAGGAACAAAUUUAUAUUAUAAUCCUGGAUUGUUAUAUGGUGGCGAAUUAGAGCACGAUUGUAGUGUACAACGAGGUAUUGGCUAUUAUCUAGAAGGAAUUAUGAUAUUAGCUCCAUUUUGUAAAAAGGCUGUUGAUAUAAAACUUAAAGGAGUCACUAAUAAUACAAUAGAUCCAUCUGUAGAUAGAAUGAAGACAUGUGCUGUGCCUAUAUUGAAAAAAUUUCUGUCAGGCGAUAAUGAAGUUAUUUUUACCAUUAGCAAAAGAGGAGCUGCACCUUUAGGUGGUGGAGAAAUUAAAUUCAAAUGUCCCCCUAGUCGUAACCUUAGAAGUAUUCAACUUCAAAAUAGUGGAAUGGUUAAAAGAAUAAGAGGUACUGCAUGUAGUUUACGUGUCUCUCCUGCUAUUUCCAAUCGAAUUGUGGAGUCUACUAAAAGUGUAUUACUAAAAUACUUACCAGAUGUUUAUAUUUAUACAGACCAUUGUAAAGGUGCAUCUAGUGGAAAAUCACCAGGUUUUGGAGUAACUUUAUCAGCCGAAACAACUGCUGAUGUUGUUUUCGGUGGAGAAGCAUUUUCACCUUUAAUGACAACAAAUUCUUUACCUUGUGUACCAGAAGAUAUUGGUAGAGAAGCAGCUAUGAAAUUAAUUGGAGAAAUUUAUAGAAAUGGUUGUAUAGAUUCACCUUUUCAAGCUAUGACGGCAAUGUUUAUGGCAUUAGGUAAAAAAGAUGUUUCUAAAGUUGUAACAGGUCCUUUAACACCAGCAAUGAUACAAUUUUUACGCGACUUAAAAGACUUUUUUGGAAUUGUAUUUAAACUUGAACCAUAUAAAGAAGAGGAUGAAAUUUUAGAACAAGUCAUCUUAACUUGUGUAGGUGUAGGAUAUACUAACAUAAAUAAACGAACAUUAUAAAA